CGCGCGAGGUCACUACCAAAUAGAUCCCCACUUCCUAUAUAAGUGCACUACACAGACUAUAAAGUGUUGGCCUCGGUAUGCCCUACUUAGUGCGCUAUGGGAGCAAUUAGGGAGCCGUUCGGGAUUCGGCUUGAGCGCGCUUUAAAACACAUACAGGCGGAAUGACGUGAAGUCAGGUGGAGAGAAAAUCGCCUUUAGACCGAGGGAGCGGCGUCGCGGAGGCUCGCGCUAAUGAAUGCUUGACAUGACCGAGGAGCGUCUUUUUGGAUAAAUGAAGACGUUUUGUGGGUUUUGGAUGAGGUGAAUAAGGCUUUUGGAGGCUCACAUUCUGACAGGACUUACUGGUGUUUGAGGAGUGAUGCUGCGGCUCCUGCUCCUCUUACUUUACUGGUGGAGCCGUGCUGGAGCUUCCCCAGAGUCCUCGCAUUCUGCAGCCCAUAAAGGAGAUGGCCCAAAGCCAUACAUAUAUUACUGCCGCUCUCCGAACAUGGAAACCUUUACUUGCUGGUGGCAUCCCCUUGACAACAGUCUCCAAGGAGAUGACAACAUCACCUACAGGCUCAUCUAUACCCUUGGUAACGGGCCUCCAACAGAAUGUCCGGACUAUGUGAGUGGCGGACCGAACAGCUGUUACUUUGACACAGAGCACACAGUGAUUUGGGAGGUGUACUGCAUGAAUGUAACGGCACACAGCAGCAGUGGUUCCGUCACCUCUAAUGAGCACUGUUUGGACGUGGCCGAAAUUGUCGAGAUUGAUCCACCUUUUAACCUCACGUACACUUUAAUGAACACGACCAAGGGUGAAGCAGGUCGCACCGUACUGGUGUCCUGGCAGUACCCCAUCGCCCAACAUGUCCAAAUUGGGUGGAUUACUCUUGUCUAUGAGCUUCGUUACAGAGCUGCCUCUGAACCUGACAGCUGGAAGGUCAAGGAGCGGCUACGUGAACCUCAUCUGGAGCUUCUAGGCUUGUCAGUAGGAAGGUAUGAGGUCCAAGUGCGCUGCCGCUCAAAAAACAACCAUCUGUGGAGCACAUGGAGCUCUCCAAUUACCAUUGUCAUUCCUUCUAGACACCUGCCUGAUCACAUUUUAUAUGCUCUUGUACUACUGACUACCAUUGUAGUCAUAAUCUUGCUCAUCAUUGGAUUUGGGGUCAUUCCACAAGGCAAGAGGAUGAAAGCUUUUCUCCUGCCGCCUGUCCCCAAACCCUGCAUCAGAGGAAUCGAUCCCAUGCUUCUGAAGAAAGGCAAAAUGGAUGAGAUUAAUCAACAUUUUUCUUCCCUGCAAGGCUACAAGGCACCGCUCUACUGUGGGGAGUCAGUGUACCAGGUCAGCAUGGACGAAAGUGUCUCGUUAUCUCAACUGAGCUCUAGGUCUAGCAUCCAGGAGGAUAAGGAGCCACAAGGCAUGCAGAGCCCUGCCUGCACUGAAGACCAGCAGCUACUUCACACCCCUGAUAGCCCCAAUCCUUACUGCCAAGACCCUUCCUACUGUAGCAAAGAGUCUUCUGAGGCGACCAUGACCCCUGAGACCCCUGUGUGGGCUUGGCCAGCGAAAAGCCACAUGCAGCCGGAGCUGCUCUCAUUCCCAGGUAUGGAGUACAGCAUGAUUGUAAACCCUGCCCCUACAAAUACCAGUGCUCCGCCCACCACUCAGGAAUUCUACACCUGUGUGCAUGGAGUAACCACCAGCGAGAUGGUGCAGCUGGUGCCCUGCAUGUCAAAUUCAUUCAAAUGCUCCCCCUAUUUUGAGCCAAAGGAUAAGCCAGAGGAGGACACAGAGAAGCUCAGCCAAUUAGCAGCCUACUUGGAGAAACGGGUGGAGGUUCAAGCCAAUGAAAUUAGGUUUUGCCCAGGAGAGGAGGAGCAGAAUGAGUAUGUUGUGCCUUUAUUACCCCAACCAACAAACAGGAGCUAGACAUUGUAAUUCAGCUUGAGCAACUUCCAGUGGCUUUUUCCAGACCACCUCACAUAUAUGAAGGACUUCAGCAUACACGCAAAGUACAAAUAGAUGUACACACUUUUACAGUACCUGAACAGUCAAGUACAUAGUCUUAGUUACACACACCAGACACCAAAUGAUAUGCACACAGCAAGAUUACUAUGCUUUAAUGAUCAGUAACUCAAGGAUUAUCAGUGGGUGGUUUUUGUGGAUAUUGCUUGCCUGCCCAAACACAGUUAAUGUGUGCCAAUUGGCUAAUGCAAAAAGCCUAAGAGGACAGAUCAUCCUUUAUCACUGCUCCUUGUCCUCUUCUGCCAAAUCACAGUGAAUGCCGCUGCUGGUCUUGUCAGAUAUUUCAGCAACAUUCUCACAAACUUGGACAACUUCAGCUGCGAGCUAGAGAUAGACCAUCAUUGGUCUGCCAGUCAUUGGACUGUUCCUGUCAAUUAGGGCUGCAACAGUUAACCGACAAAUUCGAGUAUGUCGAUUAUGAAAACUCAUCCAUGUAGAUUUUUAAAUUCAAUGUAUUAUUGGCUAAAGAAACAAAAAAGCAUAAUAAAACUGUGCAAGCCUUUAUUUUUGGGUAGAAUGUAAUACACUGCUGAAGCUCUUGCUGGCAGAGGAAGCAACACUGCUUGUAUUUUUCCUUUGUACCAUAUUGCGCCGUGCACUGGACUGUUCUCAGUUGGUGCAGUUAUUAUAAAUAUUAAGAGAUACAGUAUGUUACUCAACACAUUUAAGAUUUUUUUUUAUUUUUAAUAGAUUCAAGAAACAAAGUGACUGAUUUAACUUGCAACACAUACACUGCUUGCUCAGGUUAUAAUGGUGGAUAAAGUUAUAAGGUGGAUAUUGGAUAUAUCUGACCGAAAGUGGAAAAAAGCAUAAUGGAAGUGAAUUCAAUACAAUUCGUGUGUGUGUGUGCAUGCAUGGUGAGAUAUUCCAACAAAGUUGCAAAGUGACAGUAUUUGCUAAAUAAAUACUACUGUCAUAUAGCCAUCUUUCCCUGGAAUCUUCUGAACAGGUUUCUGCCAGAUCGGUGCUGUUUCUGAAUGACAGGGACCUGGCUUUCAUAGAACCACAGUUACGUACCUAAUUAGCAUUUUGCGAUUAUAACAGUAAUUGUUUGUUGCAGCCCUGGUGUCAAACACUCCAACCUCUAGCUGAAUUAGAAAAAACAAACAGAACAGUGUACAGAAUUAAUUCAUUCAUCUUCAGUAACCAAUUUAUCAUGUUCAAAGUAGCGCCAGAGCCAAUACCAGCAAAACUGUGUGCAAGGCGGGAGACUUUUGGACACCAGUCUAUUUCAGGGCACCAUUCACACCUAGGGGCAAUUUAGCAUAACCAAUAAGCCUACUUGCAUGUUUUUGGGAGGUGGGAGGAAACCAGAGAACCAGGAAACCCACAUGGACACAGGGAGAACACGGGAGAACUGUAACCUGAGCUCAGGAUCACACCCAGGACCCUGGAGCUGUGAGGCGGCAUCAUAAAGAAGACAAUCAUAAAAGAUUACAAGAAAUUUGGGGUACUUUUAUGUUUAAGUCACACUAAAGUACCCCUAGCUCACUGUGACAAUCCUCACAUUUCCAAUAAACUAAGAAAAUAUUUCAGGCAAAGCACUCACCAACAUGGUUUUGGCUAUAAGGAUCAAGUAAUAAUAUAAAUCAAGCCUUCUUCAUUUCUGUCCACCACCACCUUAGAUAGUACAUGAUGGGAUGCCUAGUUAUUGUUGGGAUUAUUAUUAUUAGGGGGCCAAGCACCGAAGGUGCAUAGGCACCCUAGUGUUUUUCUACCUUUUCUUAUUAUUAUUCUUCUGCGGCUUCUUCUUCUUCUUCUGGCUAGGCUGUCUGUGGUAGCCCGUAGAACCUGUCUAUGGCAGCCCACAGAACCAUCUGGUAAAAAGUUGUGAAAUUUGGCACACUGUUUGGGGAGGGUCUAAGGAACAUUCUGACCAAAUUUGAUCUAAGCGCUACCAUCGGGUCGAAUUUGGGCCUAAUUUGGCAGUGCAUUUAUGGUCAUAACUUUUGAACCGUGUGUCCAAAAUUUAAAAGCCAGGCAUCCUUGGAUUCACUGGAUUGAGAUGAACACCAUAUGACAUCAAUUUCUGCCUAAUUAGAUUUUCCGCCAUCUUGGAUUUUGGCAAACUACUGUUUUUUCGCUACUCCUCCUAUUUUUUUAUCCAAUCAUCACCAGAUUUGGCACACAUCAUCUUCAGAGUAAGCCUCACAAAAGAAACAGUCAAAAGAAUUUUGAUUACUCCAAAGGGUUUGCCCAUAACGGGCCUACGAAUCUGCUAGCGAAACCACCAAACAGGAAGUGAGACUGUAUCUCAGCAAAGACUUUGCACACUGACACAAAACUUGGUAGGCACCUUCAGGACCUUGACCUGAGGCUGGCCAAAAAAUUUCAUGAUAGUGCCACCUACUGGUCAAAAGUUUCAAUAACAUUAUAAAAAUGCUUAUAUCUAACUGCCAGUUUUGCUACUCCUCCUCCAAGUUUUGUCCAAUCUUCCCCAAAUUUGGGUCACAUCAUAUUGAGGCCUGUCUAAAUUUGCACAAAGGCCCAGACUGAUGAGAAAAAAACAUAAAUAACUUAGAUGUUUUUAAAUUACAAGAAGAAAAAAAUGUUUAGGUCAGAGCAGUAGCAAUCACGACCACAGGUCAAAGUAGCAACAGACAACACCACAGGUCACAGCAGUAGUGGCAGCUGCAGCAGCAAUGCCACCCUGCUGCCCAUUUGUUCAUCUGGACCUUUCCUCAUUCAGUCUGAGAAUUCCAACACUUUCCGUGAUCAAAACAUACACGUCAUGAGUGAAACUACAAAUCACUCUUGAAUCCCUUUGCCUAAAGCUAUGGCUCUGCUUUCCUGUAAUUGCUUAGACAACAAUUGUAGCGUGUCUGUGAAUGUGUGGCUCACCGAGUCUGGGUGCUUGGCCCCCGAAAAUGCUGCUUGCAGCUUUAAUUGUUGCUGUUGUUGUUGUUGUUGUUGUUGCUUUUUGUUGUUGUAUGUAGCAUCUUCUGUUUCCAGUAAUCUAUUCUUAGUAAAAGAUUUGAAUAGAUUUUCUGUAAAUGGGACAAGUACAUGUGAAGGGGUCUUGAUUUUCUUAGGCUUUGAAAGGAGCACAGUUGUAUCUCAGGGUGCCAAAAGAGAAUUUUCAAAAAUGGAGACACACCAAAGAGGCUAGGAGCAUGCUGAGAGAGGCAAGAAUACAACAUGAAUAAAAUUUAUACAUAAUAUCAUGAUUACACAUACAUGAAUAAGAUUUAUACAUAAUAUUUAAAUCUUAAGAUUUAAAUGUUGGGACUACAGAUGGCAAAAUACCACUUUUUCUUUACCGAUACCCAGACUGAAAGCUUGAGAAUCAGCCGAUACCGAUAUCCGUCUGAUAUUGUUUUCUUUAAAAAUUACUACUGUUUACAAUCUAUUAAACAGUAAAUAUAAUGAAGUAUAAAGCAUAAAUAUAAUAAACUCAAUCCUAACACAAGAAAGAAAAUGCUAAGUCUGUUAGCAUUUCCAGUUGCAAAAAUACUGCAGUCUUUGCGGUGUGUUACAGGAUAUUCCAUCUUUUUAUUCUCACCAUUUUUUAUUCAUACCAUUUUUUUGUUGGUAUCGGACCAAUAUCGAAUAUCAGAUCUAUCUCUAGUGGGAAUCAAAAGCUAUGUUCAUAUGUAUAUUUCUGACCUCAACCAAACAUAAUGAACAACUGAACAUGAAAGUCCUCACAUGCACCCAUUAACGUCAAAUAAAUUCCUGACAAAGAGACGCACUUAUUUAUACACUGAUCAGCCACAACAUUAAACCCACUUGCCUAAUAUUGUUUAGGUCCCCCUUGUACCACCAGAACAGCUCUGACUCAUCGAGGCAUGGACUCCACAAGACCUCUGAAGGUGACGUUAGCAGCAGAUCCUUUAAGUCUUGUAUGAUGUGAGGUGGGGCCUCCAUGGAUCGGACUUGUUUGUCCAGCACAUCCCACAGAUGCUCGGUCGGAUUGAGAUUUGGGGAAUUUGGAGGCCAGGUCAACACCUUGAACUUUUUGUCAUGUACCUCAAUCCAUUCUUGAACAAUUUUUGCAGUGUGGCAGGGCGCAUUAUCCUGCUGAAAGAGGGAAUACCAUUGCCAUGAAGGGGUGUACCUGGUCUGCAACAAUGUUUAGGAAGGUGGUACAUGUGAAAGUAACAUCCACAUGAAUGCCAGGACCCAAGGUUUCCAGGCAGAACAUUGCCCAGAGAAUCACAUUGCCUCCGCUGACUUGCCUUCUUCCCAUAGUGCAUCCUGGUGCCAUCUCUUGUCUUCUUGUCUAGUCUUCGCUCCCCACGCACAGCUAUGAGCCUUGGGCGCCCAUGACCCUGUCGCUGGUUUAACUGUUGUCCUUCCUUGGACCACUUUUGGAAGGUACUAACCACUGCAUACCAGGAAUACCCCACAGGAGCUGCGGUUUUGCUCUGCCCCAGUCAUCUAGCCAUCACAGUUUGGCCCUUUGUCACUCAGAUCCUUGCCCAUUUUUCCUGCUUCCAACACGUCAACUUCAAGAACUGACUUUCUUGCUGCCUAAUAUAUCCCACCCCUUGACAGAUGUGAUUGUAACAAGAUAAUCAAUGUUAUUCAUGUCACCUCUCAGUGGUUUUAAUGUUAUGGCUGACUGGUGUAGGCGCACCUAUUUAUACCUUUUGAUCAUAGUACACAACGCAUUUUAUAUAUAUACUACACAUUUGCGAGUUCUAUAAAAGAUCCAAGCUAUGCAGUGAAUCCUCUAAACCAGCUUGACAGAUGACCUCAGAAACCUAAUAAUGAUUGUCCUUUGUCCUUUUUGUAAAAAAAUAAAAUAAAAUAAAAUAAAAUCAGUAGUUUUUUUUUUUUUGCCAUGCACAAAUCUUGUGUAUGGGCUUGUCUGUGGGCGCUACAUUAAACGAAGCACUGUGUGAUCAAUGCAAGCAAUCUUUGCUGUUUUAUCUGUUUAUUUGUUUAGUUUAACUGUGCCAAUUCUAUAGAUUCUUAUAGAUAAUGUGAUGUACAAACAAUAAUUUCAGUUUUAUUUAUAUAGCGCUUUAAACAAUGGACAUCAUCACAAAGCUGUCUGUUUGCUGAUCUUCAUUUUGUCUUUCUUUUGUGAUUCCCCUUUUUUCUGUCUUUUAUCUCUUUGUUGUACCAGUCCACUCUUGCAUUGUUUGCCACAUUGUGAUGUCAUGUGACUCGUCGUGUGUCGUUCUGCUUAGACAUGUUCGUGCCUUUAUUGUGACACACAAAUUCAAAAUGAGAACAAUAACUAGGGGACAUGGACACACAGUGAAGAUAUGAACAGCAUGUAUAUAUUAUGCAUAUACUGUACAUUAGAUGGAUGUAUAUAUUUUUUAAAUGUGUUUUAAGAUGAGAUGAGACCUAUUUUUGUUUCAAAGCACUUUCCCAGGUAGUGAAUAAAGACAGCAUAUGGCCUUCAGACAUUAUGGACACAUUGUGGUGUGGAUACGCAUAAUACAUAAAUACACACACACACACACACACACACACACACACACAAAUACAGGUUUAUGUAUAAGCUGUGCCUUCACUCUAAAGUUUUUCACCAGCAGAUGGAACCACAUGUCCACAUAAUGACCGGGACUACACGCACUACAAGGCAAAAGUAUGAAAGCAAGCAAGGAUUAUUAUUUUGUUUUGUUUUGUUUUAUAACUGCAAUUGCCUUGUACAAAUAAAGCAAUUUAUCAGUAA